CUACAGCCAAGCCCCCAGGAAGUGCGCCGGCUUUGAAGCAAAUUUGACAGUACGUCUAUCUGCGGACACACAGUAGCUUUUUGUCGGUUCUGUCGUAAGUUUCGCACUAAACAUCCAGACGGUGAGAGAUGGCCCAGUGUUCCGAGCCUGCUAACGUUAGCUCCGCGGUGAACGGAGAGCCGAAGAGGGAGAGGAAGGUGGCCGUUAUCACCGGCAUCACUGGACAGGAUGGUUCCUACCUGGCUGAGUUCCUACUGGCUAAAGGCUACGAGGUUCAUGGCAUUUUGCGUCGUUCCAGCUCCUUCAACACGGGCCGCAUUGAGCAUCUUUACCAGAACCCACAGACGCACACUGAAGGCAACAUGAAGCUGCACUACGGCGACCUGACCGACAGCACGUGUCUGGUGAAGAUCAUCAACCAGGUGAAGCCGACAGAGAUCUACAACCUGGGCGCUCAGAGUCACGUCAAGGUGUCCUUCGAGUUGGCCGAGUACACCGCUAAUGUGGACGGUGUAGGCACGCUUCGUCUCCUGGAUGCCAUAAAGACAUGCGGUUUGACCGACACUGUGAAAUUCUACCAGGCCUCCACCAGUGAGCUGUACGGCAAAGUUCAGGAGAUCCCUCAGAAGGAAACCACACCCUUCUACCCUCGCUCACCUUACGGUGCUGCAAAGCUCUACGCCUACUGGAUCGUGGUGAACUUUCGUGAGGCCUACGACAUGUUCGCCGUCAACGGGAUCCUCUUUAACCACGAGAGCCCGAGGAGAGGUUCAAACUUUGUGACGCGUAAGAUCAGCCGGUCUGUGGCAAAGAUUCACCUUGGCCAACUGGAGAGCUUCAGCCUUGGCAACCUGGACUCCAAGAGGGACUGGGGCCACGCCAAAGACUAUGUGGAGGCCAUGUGGCUGAUGCUGCAGCAGGAGAAGCCAGAGGAUUUCGUCAUAGCGACAGGGGAGGUGCACAGCGUGAGGGAGUUUGUGGAGAAGGCCUUCAGACAUGUGGGGAAGACCAUUUUGUGGGAAGGAAAGGAUGAGAACGAGGUUGGCCGUUGCCAGGAGACAGGGGUGAUACAUGUGAAGGUUAACCCAAAAUACUUCCGUCCUACUGAAGUGGACUACCUACAAGGCGACAGCACCAAAGCAUAUCAGGAGUUGGGUUGGAAGCCAAAGGUGUCUUUUGAGGAGCUGGUGAAGGAGAUGGUGGAUGCCGACAUCGAGCUAAUGAAGAAAAACCCAAACGCCUGAGACCGAAUCAGUCCAGUCCAGUCCAGCCAGGACAGAAAGCACUCCUGUGUUCUGACGCCCUGUGUCGUCUUUUUACCUGUCUGUCUUUUCCAAAUCAAGUGAUCUUGUCCUUUCUUCUUCGUUGAGGAGACUGCCUUUGUGUCUUGGGUCUAUUUCUAACAUCAUGUCGUUUUGAUUUUGUUUUGUUAUCACAGCAGAGGUGCCUUUUUUAUUAUACAACUGAUCAUGUCAUAAUUUAUAUAGGAGCAUUUUAAGGGUAAAUGUGUUUGUUUCUUUUGAUUGUUAGUGAAUUGAUUUUUGUUGACACUUUCUAUUCAGAAUGGCUGAAAUGUAUAAAUAAAGAGAAGAAUGAGAAGAUUUUGUCUUUUAUUGGAAAAUUGGAAUCGAGGGGUUUAUUAAUGGUCUGACCUGUAUGAAUAAUGAACCAUUUGGUACAAUAAAAGCUGAUGUUUUUCCA